CUGCUUGUCAACUGCCAUAACAAACGUCAUUUCUCUGAAAAGUCCUAAUAGUUUCCUCGGUGUUUUUUCCGAUUUCGAUCGUAUAUAAAAAUGGCAGGACGAGAAGCUGUUCGAAAAACUGUGCAGCAAGUACGACCAAUUCUGUCUAUUGACAGAGACGAAGCCCGGAAACGUGUCUUGAACUUGUACAAGGCUUGGUAUCGACAAAUUCCGUAUAUUGUUAUGGAUUAUGAUAUUCCAAUGAGCGUUGAGCAGUGCCGGGAAAAACUUCGAGAGGAAUUCAUGAAACACAGUAAUGUCUCUGAUAUUCGAGUUAUUGAUAUGCUUGUCAUUAAGGGGCAAAUGGAGUUGAAAGAAUCAGUAGAGAUUUGGAAGCAGAAGGGCCACAUUAUGCGUUACUGGAAGGAAACCGUAGAACCGAAACCAACUGAUUUUCUAUCUAAAUUUUUAAAUAAUCAGAAUUGAAGAAGAUUGAACUUCACGUUAACGUUUAGUAACUUGAAAUUAAUGUGGUUGUAAAUAAAAGGAAUGGAAAAUUUAAA